GGGUAGCGAAUCACGUGUGGUGCUAACAUUUGAUUUUUGAACCUAUUUGUCACUUGCUACCCAGUAACCACUGAUGGAAAGUGAUGAAGAUGACGGUGUACCUCAGCUCUCUGCUCACACUCUGGCUGCAUUACAGGAGUUUUACAAUGAACAACAACAGCAAGCUUCAGUAAAAUCAGAACCCGGCUUUGACAAAUUCUCUGUUGGUUCAGUAGAAGAAAACUGGCAACUAAGUCAGUUCUGGUAUUGUGAUGAGACAGCAUUGUGCCUUGCUAAAGAAGCACUGGAGGCAUCUGGGGAAAACGGCAGGAUUGCUUGUGUCAGUGCUCCCAGUAUAUACCAAAAGCUUAAAGGGCUAAUUGCGGAGAAUGUGUCUGUGCGUUUGCUUGAAUAUGAUAAACGAUUUUCUGUUUAUGGGGAAGAUUUUGUCUUCUAUGAUUACAAUGAGCCCUUAAACUUGCCAGAGAGUCUGCAGCCACACAGCUUUGAUAUUGUGAUAGCGGAUCCUCCAUACCUGUCUGAGGAGUGCCUGCACAAAACAGCCGAGACCAUCAAAUAUCUUACAAAAGAGAAGAUUCUGCUAUGCACAGGUGCAGUUAUGGAAGAUCUGGCAUCCAAGAUACUUGGUCUGAAAAUUUGCAAAUUUAUCCCAAAGCACACAAGAAGCUUAGCAAAUGAAUUCCGAUGUUACGCAAAUUAUGACCUAGGACUGGACCAUCAACUCUAACAAACUGUUUUUUCAUGUAUUAGGUAAAACACUAUUUGUAUAUUGUUAAAUAUUAUUCUAUCGUAACUACAAUUGAUGUGUACCCCAGCUCACAAGGAAUGCUAACGAUGAUCUUAAAGUUUGUUGGGUUCAAGACUACCUUUGCUUUUACUGAUAAUGCCAAAGUUGGAAAAUAAUGUCCAUGUUCAAAGAAUGUGCUGCAUUUUCUACAUCAUCAUCCAGAGAAUCACAGAAUUACUGAACUAGAAUCAAUAUUUUUACCUUAUAGUUAUUUAAAUGGCUGAUAAAUAAAACAUUUUUUUUUCUAAAA